UGUACACACACUUCCUGGAUAUUGGGGAAGCCAAAAUGUCAGACAAAAAGACCGACUGGGUUUAUGAUGAACUGCUUUGCUUCUUGGGCAGUGCGUUUUUUCAGAUACCAGUUAAUGGAUUUAUUGACGUAAAGAGUGAAAGCAAACACGGCAUAUCAUUGUGGGAGAAAGGGUCCAAGUACAAUGUGACAAACAGUGGAACUCCGUAGAAGGGAUUGGAUAAUACAUUUUUUGAUCCCAGUGUCAGUGACCUACCAGAGUACAAGUCAGUCCACAAUGAGUACACAGAUGUGGUUCAGUCGUUACUGGAUGCUUUCAUGAAGGACACCAAGCUGAGACAUGACCAAAUCAUGUCCGCUCUUAAAGACAUGAACUCCAAGAAGGACCUCCGAGAAGUGUUUCAGGGGCUGUUUGAGCUGGUAUUGGCCAUAGAGGACUAUGAGGUGUUUGUGACGAUGAUGACACAGAAGAACAUCGAACUGCAGCAGCAGGCGUUGAUGAUGAUACUGAAGCAGCAGGGGGCUCUGCCAGAGAGUCUUGUGGAGGGGUCAGCCACCACCCCGCCCCCUGCUCCCAGGCCCAACCACCCCCAGGACAGCGAAGAGGAGAUCAUGAGGAGGGUGCUUGAGGAGUCGAAGCGUGAGUACGAAGAGGAACAGAAAAAGUUCAAAUCAGCGGUGAAGGACAAGGCGGAGAUGGAGAGAGCAGUGGAGCUGUCGAAACAGGAGUUCCUAACCCUGGACGCCAACAGACAGACCGAGAAACACAAACUGAAUCAGGCGAUGGCUGGACUGACAAUAGGAGCUGGACAGGCCCCUCUGAUCCCUGUACCAGCCCCUGCUAAACCACUGGCACAGAAGAAGGAACAGCCUGUGAUAGGAACGCCAGGAAUCAGUCAACCAAAAAUUGAGGUGACGUCUCCGAUUGGAACCACAAAAGGGGCCACUGGUUCCCAGCAGGGGGCUGGGCUCUCCCAGACAGUGCUGGGCCCAGGCCUGUUGCCGAUGACGAACGUUCCAUCCAAGGUUAGCAGCAGUGAGGCUGCAGCUAACUGGCUCAAGCAAGCCCAUACGGAGACCACGUCAGUCGGCCCUGGAGCUGUGGAGAAGGCAGCGGCUGCUAUGGCCGGAAUGAGUGCAGAUGAAAUCAAGAAACGGCAGGAAUACCUCCGACAGCAGCGAGAUAAACUCGUUGCGAUGAAAAAGAAAGAACGCGAGAAGCAGCUUCUCACUGCUGAACAGAGUGAUCCAGGUCGACCAGCAUCAGCCCGCGCAGCCAGACAGACAUUGCAAGGAGCCAAAACGGAGGAGAAAAAGCCAGAACUGUCAGAAGAGGAAAGAAAAAAGACAGAAAUGAGGCGACAGAUUGCAAAUAAACUUAAAGCAGAAUUGAUGGGCGGAAAUUGAUCGUGAUAGAUACUGGUAUAGUUAGUUUCUUUUACCGUCUAAGUUGGUCUCAAGGACUCUAUACAAGUCGGGUUCUGAGAAAAAUUGGCAUAAUGCAUGUGCGUAAAGUUUCGUCCCAGAUUAGCCUGUGCAGUCGGCACAGGCUAAUCAGGAUCGACACUUUCCGCUGUUAUGGUAUUUUUAGUUUCAAGGAAGUCCCUCCUUACCGAAAAUCUUGUUUAGGUGGAAAGUGUUGUCCCUGAUUAGCCUGUGCGGACUGCACAGGCUAAUCUGGGACGACACUGUACGCACAUGAAUUAAGCCCAGUUUUCUCAGAACAUGACUCGAUAUGAUCGGAUCUUUGGUUCAUGGUUGUGGUCUCUUGAUAUUGCUUAAAGCUCAUCUGAGUUCAGUUCUCAAGAGAGAUCUGGCACAGACAGGGACCGACUGUCUUGCAUACAUUUUCUUUAACAAUAUGAUGUCAAUGAUAUAAGCUCAGUAUAUAAGUAGUAUAUAAUCAAUGAUAAUACAUGUGUACUAGUAUUUAAAGCUGAAUGUGAAUUUUUAAUAAAUUGCCUUUAUUAUAUGUCUUAAUCAUGAUAAAUAUAUAAUGAUGAACCUAUUCAUCUUCAAUGUCAUGUGUCUCACUAUCAACCAAAAAACCUUUUAGUUGGAAAAUAUCAGCAUUCAGCCCACUUUUAUUAUGGUAAAAAAAUAUGGCUGUUCAUACGAACUUCAUGCCUUACGAGUCUUAUAUUUUGCAAAAUUAAAAAUACCUAUAUGAUAUUUAAUUGUGAUUAUCGUUGUGCUGCGUUUGAGAAUGUUAUUUGCCUUUUUUGUUGGACUCCUAUGUUGUGGUUAAAAGUCAUGGACAUAUUGUGUCUUAUUCUUUGUACUAAGCAUUUAUGUUGUUGAAGAACUAACAUUGAAGGAACUGAAUAUUUCAUAAUUUCCCAACAAAAAUGUGCUCAUUUAAGUGGACAUUUAAACUAAAUACUUGGUUUUCUAUUUAUCAUUUAUCUUCAAAACUGUAUAAAGCAAAACUUCACAUUGGUUGUGAUUUUUAAUUAAGUAUACCCUUAAUUAUACAAUGUAUUACGAAUUGAACACAUUUUAUGUUAAGUUGUGAUUAGAUUGUUUUGUGAUUUAAAAAAAACACACAAUCAAUUUGACAUUGUAUGCAUUAUAUAUGUUAAGUAUUUUCUGCAUUAAGUUGGAGCGUACACAAAUGAUACACAAAAAAUGAGUUAAAAUUAAUCACAUUUAUGUUACCAGAUGCAUAAAAUCAUAAGAGAAAAUGACAGUUAUUUGUGAAUAUAAACAAAUGGUGCUACAAUUGCAAUUUUCUUAAGUUUCAUUUUAGUUUUUCUCUUGUCUAAAAAUAAGUACUCAUAUAGUAGCCAUUUGAUAUUAACCAUUAUGCAAUAGUUCUUUAGACCUUACUAAUAGCUUAUUUCAAAAUACAUGUUUUAUGCAGUAUAAGCGCAAAUAUUUGCCAGAUCUCCAAGAAAAUGUGGUUUAUAAAAAAAGUACAAGACUAUAUGUUGUUAAAAUGGAAACAUUAAAUGAAAUUGUUUUCAUAGCAACCAUUUACUUUUACAAGCUACAUGCAAGAUAUCAGGUAUCUUAUUUGUAGUUCAUAUUUACUGCUCUGUUCCAAUGUCCUAUGCUUCUCAAACACCUGUUUGCUCAAGAUAAUUAGAAAUGAGAUUUUUAAUGUGGCGCUCUAGAGUGCAAUGACUUUGUAUUUCCUUAACAGUCUUUUAUACGAGUGUCUUUAGUAAAAUUAGCAAACAGAUAAAUUAUAAAGAACAGUCUACAGUGUAACUAGUUUGACACAUAUUUAUAUUCGAAAUUCAUCGAAAAGAUGGUUGAUGCAAAUCAUAUGUGUCUUGUUCUGAGAAAACUGGGCUUAAUUCAUGCGCGUAAAGUUUCUUCCCAGAUUAGCCUGUGCAGUCCGCACAGGCUAAUCAGGGACGACACUUUCCGCUUUAAUGGUAUUUUUAGUUUCAAGGAAGUCCCUCCUUACCAAAAAUAAAGUUUAAGCGGAAAGUGUCGUCCCUGAUUAGCCUGUGCGGUCUGCACAGGCUUAUCUGGGACGACACUUUACGCACAUGAAUUAAGCCCAGUUUUCUCAGAACAAGAUGUAUAUGAGUUGCCUUAUGCAAAAAUGGGUCUGAUGCCAUUUGCGGCCCGUGUAGCUCCAAAUCAGCUUCCAUAGUGUGCUUUGCUUGCUGCAUAUGGUCCUAUUUCGCAUUAAGUGGGUCAAAUAAUAUUUGUUUAUUUACUGAUUUUUUCUUUCUUUUAUCAUUUAUUUAUGUUGUGCAUAAUGUUAGGUGUUACAUUUCAGUAGUUGUGAAUUGUGUAUGGGUUGGAGACACAUUAUUUUGUGAUGUUUUCAUGUUAUUGUUCUUUUCUUUGUGAUAUCAUUUUUGUAUCAGAUUUGUAUGUACUGCUAUGAAUUAAACUAGAAUUUGUAUGUGAUUCCUAUUAAGUGUACAAAAAAUCUGAAUGAAUGCAUAAUCAGACGAGUAUAAUUCAAUUUUGACUUCAGACAUCGAAUUUAUCUAUAUUGCUAAUAAAUACAUUAUAAAGUCAAUUUAAUAAGUAAGAUAAAGGAGCAUCAAAGAUAAUGCCAAUUAUUAGCAAUAACUAUAUAGUUUUUGUAAUUUUUAAUAUUUUUUUUCCAAAGUGAAAAUCAUUGGUAUCAAUUUAUAUUUCCUCAAUGCCCCCUCCCCCAUGUGUCUCUUCUCCGUACAAAGUGUUGGUCUAAAUGUCUCAUACAUUUUUACGUCUCUUUUGGCAUGACCAACGGAAGGUCACUGUUCUAAAAAAUAAACAAUAGUUGGAAUACAUAUGAGGAUCGCAUGCUCCACGGGUUGAAACAGAACUUGUGUAGGUAAUGGUCAGGAAAUCCUUCAUACAGAAAGAAAUGUAGCAAUGAAGAAGUGGCAUUUUUUUUAUGGCAUCUUUGUAUGAAAAUCACUAUGAUUAUUCAUACUUUGUAUUGUAACACCAAGUUUAAAGGAACAAUUCUUACAAACGAAUUAAUAAUGUAAGUUUGUUAGGCUUUUUAUAAUUGUGAGAAAUUGACCCCAUGUUGUUUUGUCACUGUGUGUACACAGGUGUGUUGUCACCAAAGUUAUGUUUGUUGAUCAUGUGUAUGUAUUCAGGUCAAUAAAAAGAAAACUGAC